GAUCAAUAAUCCUUGUAGUUUUCUACACUGUUGAUAGUCAUGACUCAUCACUUUGUCUUUGCUGCAGUAUCUGCCUGCCUUGUCAGCAUUCCAUUUCCCUCCCUUUAGCUAGUAGUAUAGCUUCCUCACCUCGCCGGCCACCGCUCCAUCGCUGCCGUGCCGGCGCGCCACCGUGAGAUCUCUCUCCCCCGACAUUCUCUCGGAGACACAGAGAGAGCAGCAGGGACAAGGAAUCGGACGAACAGUUUGUGUCAGAGAGAGAGAAUAGACGAGAGCUCGGAUGCAACGCAAGAGAUCGGAUUCCAUGCUUGCUCCGCCAUUGCCAUUCCGUUCUUGGCAACUUUGAUCCCUCGCUUGCUCCGGCCAUCCACGGCAACCAACCCCAACCAGGAAGGUCACCAGCGAGAGGAGGAUCGGAGGAGGAUAAGUAGCCGUGGGUGCUUGCCGCCUCGCUGAUGGCCCUUGCCGCCGCGCCGCCAUGCCCCGCACCGCAAGAAAAGCUCGUGUCCUCCUGCUGUCCUCGCCGCCGCCGCCGCCGUCGCCGCCGGUGAUGCUUCGGCGUGGCGGGGUGGUGUUGUUGUUGGUGGUGGUGGUGCUCGGGCUGCUCGCCGCGCGGUGCGACGGGAAGAAGGUGUCGUCGUUCGUGGGGACGUACGGGGUGAACUACGGCAGGAUCGCGGACAACCUGCCGCCGCCGACGGAGGUGGUGAAGCUCCUCCGCAUGGCGCGGAUCAAGAACGUGAAGAUCUACGACGCCGACCACACCGUCCUCGACGCGUUCCGCGGGUCGGGGCUCAACCUGGUGAUCGCCGUGACCAACGGCGAGGUGAAGGACAUCGCGGCGAGCCCCGCCAAGGCCAUGGACUGGCUGAACGAGAACGUCCAGCCCUACUACCCCUCCACCCGCAUCGUCGGCAUCACCGUCGGCAACGAGGUCCUCGGCGGCGCCGACGCCGGCCUCGCCGAGGCCCUCAUCGGCGCCGUCGUCAACAUCCACGACGCGCUCAAGAUGCUCGGCCUCGCCACCAAGAUCGAGCUCACCACGCCCCACUCCGAGGCCGUGUUCGCCAACUCCUACCCGCCGUCGGCGUGCGUGUUCCGCGACGACCUCAUGGUGUACCUCAAGCCGCUGCUGGACUUCUUCUCCAAGACCGGCGCGCCGUUCUACGUCAACGCCUACCCGUUCCUCGCCUACAUGAGCGACCCGGCGCACAUCGACGUCAACUACGCGCUGUUCAAGCCCAACGCCGGCAUCUACGACGCCAAGACGAGGCUGCGCUACGACAACAUGUUCGAGGCGCAGGUGGACGCGGCCUACUUCGCGCUGGAGGCGGCGGGGUACCCGGAGAUGGAGGUGAGGGUGGCGGAGACCGGGUGGGCGUCCGCCGGCGACGCGACGGAGGCCGGCGCCGACCCGGCGAACGCGAGGGCGUACAACUUCAACCUCAGGAAGAGGCUGUUCCUGCGCAAGGGGACGCCGUACAGGCCGGGGAGGGUGGCCAAGGCGUACAUCUUCGCGCUGUUCAACGAGAACCUCAAGCCGGGGCCGACCACCGAGCGCCAUUACGGCCUCUUCAAGCCCGACGGCAGCGUCUCGAUCGAUCUGGGGUUCAAGGGCCUCGUCCCUUCGUCGUCGUUGCCAUCGUCGUCAAUUAUCUCAUUCAAGAGAGCUCGAGAAAGGGGAUGGAUGGCGCUUGUACAGUACUCGGCUACACUUCUGUCAUGUACAUUCAUUUUUCUAGUUUUAAGUUAGUGAUCUGAUUACAACCAGAUUAAUUAGUUACUAACUGUCAAUCGAUCCGUCAUGCCCAUGUGAAAAAAAAAUAUUCGUUCUUUGGAUGCAAAUUCCACGAAAAUUGUGGCAUAGAAAUUCAAAAGAGUUGUCCCUUCCUGUACAUA